GGAGGAGGAGGAGGAAGGUUAACCCCACAUGAGAACCGUGUUCGCAAGAAGGAACCGCGGUGUUAAAAGGGGGUUCCGUCUGAACCCAAAGUGACAACAUCGGCUCUGUAUUUAUUUCUCUUUCUUGUUCGGACGCGGCGAAGUGAAAUGACGUCAGCAAUCGUGUGUUAGUUAGCAGCGACGUGCGCUCGCGCUGCGGGCUGGACUCUCCUGUCCUGUCCUGUCUGUCCGUCCGUCACGGGGUUCACUACAUUCAGGUAACGUGUGUGUUGUUUACACGCAGAUGGGUCAGGCACUUUGGAGGCUGCCUCCCAGACAACAGCAGCAGCUUCAGGAAGAGCUGGCCGACCGACUGUCUGACCAACGAGGCAGAGGACAAGAGCAAGAUGGAGCAGAGAGGAGAGCUCCUCCUCAGCACUGUCACGGUCCUGACAUCUACCAUCUACUGAGAACACGACGAGGAGGUCAUGUGCAGCGUGGCUGUAUAGAUUUGGAGAUGCUGCCGCCCGAGUUGGGCAUCACCAUAUUGUCGUACUUGAACGCCACUGACCUGUGCCUGGCCGGCUGUGUGUGGCAGGAUCUGGGACAUGACGAGUAUCUGUGGCAGGGACUGUGUAAGUCCACAUGGGGGCACUGUUCCCUCUACAACAGAAGACUUCCUGCUGGUUUCUCAUACAGAAGACUCUACCUACAGCUCGAUGAAGGCUGCCUGACGUUCAACGCCAACGCACAGGAGGGUAUCAGUUAUUUUAUGUCCAAAGGAAUACUCGUCGAUCACCCGACUGAGCUGGCCAAGUUCAUCUUCUAUACCAGGCGCCUCAACUGGAAGAUGCUGAGGAUUUACCUGGAUGAGAGGCGGGACGUCCUGGACGAGCUGGUGACCCUGCACAACUUCAGUAACCAGUUCCUCCCCAACGCACUGCGGGAUUUCUUCAGACACAUCCACGCUCCAGAGGAGAGAGGAGAGUAUCUGGAAACACUCAUCACCAAGUUCAGCCACAGGUUCUGCGCCUGUAAUCCAGGUCUGGUCAGAGAUCUGGGUCUCAGUCCUGAUGCCGUGUACGUGCUGUGCUACAGUCUGAUCCUGCUGUCCAUUGACCUGACCAGUCCUCACGUCAAGAACAAAAUGUCCAAGCGCGAGUUCAUCAGGAACACUCGCAGGGCUGCACACAACGUCUCGGACGACUUUGUGGGUCACCUCUACGACAACAUUUACCUGAUCGGCCACGUCGCUGCAUGAGCUGCACUUUGACCCCGCUGGCGUCCUCGCACUGCACUGAAGUCCGCGAAGUAUCCAGAACUCUGGGGGAGAGAAAAAAAAUGAGUCAAGUCGAGGAAUAGAACGAUAAAAAAUCCACUGCUCUGACGCCGACUGUGCUACCAAAUGUUUGUUUUCAUUGAGUCGACGUGGACUCGGCUGUGAAAGCAAAAGAAGGAGGCGGAGUUAUGAAGACAAGGUCCGACACUGCACUGACAGACGGGGACGAGCUUGUCUGAUUUCCUGUUGAACUUUGACCUGUCGGAUAAAGACCUGACGCAAGGCACCGAGGCUAGCUGAAGAUCACACCACACACUACUAUAGUAUUUACCAGUGCAACUACUGACAAAGCUACACCGGCGCUAAACCCUGCGUUAAAAGCCACAAUGUCCAAGUAUCAGCGUUCAAACCUUGUGUUUUUCUUCCUAAAUGUUACUCUUUAUUUUUCUUGCGUGUGUACCAAGUCAGAUUUACAAAGUUACAUAAAUCACGAAUAAGGUGUCAGGUUAUAUUCAUGUCAACAACGCCUCAAUUCUGCUUCGGAUUCGCCUGUCGUCCACACGUCCCUGGCAUUUUUGGAAGUUUUAAAAAUGCUGCUGCUGGCUCUGUUGUCCUUAGAAAACUCUGGACCUGUGUUUGAUGUUUUUUUGUCUGUUGCGCCACCCACUGUCAACCACUCAGUAACGCAGCUCGCAACACUUUAGCACUCGUGAGAGUCACUCGAACGCAGCGAGCUGCAGCUGCGGAGUCAGGACGACCGAAUGUUAGCAAACCAAAAAAAACUAAAACACUCGUCUACUACUCGUCUCAACCACUGAAGAAGAAAAACAAAUGGUUUCCAGUGGAGAUGAGAUCAAAUACACACACUGAAAGUGGAGAGGAAGUUGAAGACAGAUGCUGAAUAAAGGUACAUUCCUGUUGUUGUUAGAAGUCGGAAUUUCCGAACUGGAACGCCCCCUGAAGUCGGAUUUCCAACAUGGGAAGUUGAAGAAACCUCACAAACCUUGAAAUAGUACCGUUCUAUUUUGUAGAGCAUUAUUAUCGACUAAUGCUAACAAUGGCUAGUGGUCCAUUCCACUUGUACUCAGGAGCCAGAAAUUUACGAUUUUUCCUAGUUGCAAGUUUCAAAUGGAACGCCCCCUCAAGUCGGAUUUCCAACUUGGAAAGUCGAAAAAACCUCACAAACCUUGACGUAGUUCCGUGGUGCGUUCCAGUUGUACUCAUGAAUCGGAAUUUCCACGCUGAGGAGGCAUUUCUUCAGCUGGCACGGCCCCUCAAGUCGGAUUUUCCAACUCACCAAAACCCCCCAAUGUAGGAUUCCAAGAUGGCCGCCACUCACGUUAAUCGUAAAAACACUGUGCUACUUUAUCGUUAAUUGCACUUUGCCGGUUGUAGAGUUGUUAGACUAACAAACUUUUUUUUUUAAUUUUAUAAUGCUGUGUUGAGUUGUGCAUGUGCACAGACGGGGGCGCUGUUGAGGACACAACAGAGUCUGAGAAGAGACGACUCGAGCGCGUGCAAAAACAAAGAAUUAUGCAGCACAAAAAUCACGCCAUGAUAUGAACUAUAGUUACAGGUAGGAUAUUCAAUGUUUGCCAAUAAAUCUGCCUAAAUGUUACACACUGGACCUUUAAUUCACAAAUAUAUGAGAUAAAAAAGACCGAGCUGUGCACUCACAAAUCAAGAAGGAAUCGUUGAAUGUGGAAAAUGACGCUGACUAAUAUGACAAGACUAAUGGAAAGUGGCUUUUUUGCCUCCCAUGUUUUAGUUGUGUAUUUUUUAUUGUAUUUAAUUUUGUAAUAAUAUUUAAGCUGCAAAUUCACCUUAAUUGCGACCGUGUACAAAUUGUCAGGGUUUUUCUUUUCUUUUCCUGUGAAAAAUGACAAACUGUCUGUAGUCUCAUACGACUCCUGGACCUUUUUAGGGAAUUUUUCUAUUUCUAAAAAUGGUUAAUUGUCAUACAAGCUGUUCAAUAAAUCCUGACUCUUAAUACA